UUUCUUGUUAAUGGAUCCCAAAACCUGAGCUUUAUCUGUUCCUUUAGUUCCUUUUUUGUUUAGGGUUUUGUAGGGUUCCCCAUGCUGUUGGGAUCUUAGGCAAUUCUUGGUUCUCAAUCUGAUUCUUCCUCCUUUUUCUUUAUUCUAUUUGUUUUCUUGAACGUAUGAUUCGAAAAGGAACAAGUUGGUGUUCCCUCUCUCAAAAGCACGUUGUGGUUUUGCUUCUGAUUUUGUUAAUUCUCUUUCAUUAUGGCUAUGUGAUCUUAUUUACUUGGAGAUCAUUCAGCAAUAAUAACUACUGAAACAUUGGCAGUGCUGCAAGUAAUAUUGUCAGACCUGGUAGGAACUUCUUUGGCGGCCAAAAGAUAGUCUCCCCUAGAGAUUCCCUGGGAUGAUGGCAGCAAAUGAAAAUCUACCACCCAAUGUCAUCAAACAGCUUGCUAAGGAGCUCAAGAAUCUCAAUGAAACACCACCAGAAGGCAUUAAGGUUAUUGUAAAUGAUGAUGGCUUUUCCACAAUAUAUGCUGAUAUUGAAGGCCCUGCCGGAACUCCAUAUGAGAAUGGUAUUUUCCGCAUGAGGUUGUUAUUAUCUCAUGACUUUCCUUGUUCACCUCCCAAAGGUUACUUCAUGACAAAAAUCUUUCACCCAAAUAUUGCAACAAAUGGUGAAAUUUGUGUGAACACACUUAAAAAGGAUUGGACUCCAAGUCUUGGAUUGCGGCAUGUUCUUACUGUUAUCAGAUGUCUGCUGAUUGAACCAUUCCCUGAAUCUGCACUGAAUGAACAGGCUGGGAAGAUGUUGCUAGAAGAUUAUGAGGAGUAUGCAAGGCAUGCCAGGAUAUAUACUGGUAUCCAUGCCCUCAAACCAAAACUCAAACCUGAGACAGGAGUAAGAUCGGAGUCCACCACAGGUCGAAAUGUUGAUCAGAAGGAUACAGUUUGCAGCGGCAGGGCACUGCUGCCACCUAAUCCAUUGACCGUCCAAGACCAGAAUGUGGUGGUGGUUUCAGCAACAGAGCCCUCGGUCAGGGCACAAGCCAUUCAGAGGAAGGAAGGAGUGGUGGCUGUAAAAGCUCACGUGGAUAAGAAGAGGAUGGAUGCAAGGAAAAAGAGCUUGAGGAGAUUGUAGGGAUGGAGGACCAAGAACAGGAAAUUGUUUUUGAUAAAUGUUCUUGUACCUUUGUUCCUAAUUCCUGCAACGUUGCAAUGAAAAACUUUCAACAUUUGUGCUUGAACGAUUGGCAUCGUUUUCUCCUCGUUUCUUUUGGACAAAUUGUUUGGCAUGUAUUAUCAAUAAAGGCGAGCUGGUAUCUGCCCUGUUUUUUGUGAGAGGGGGCUGCCAGUCAAAUA